AUGGAUAUCGACGACAUUCUCGCGUCCGUCGACCGCGGCUCAGGCGCCAGUCCGGAGUCUACAGCACUGGACCACCAGCUGCUCACUCGAUUUUGGGUCGCAGAACGCGCCGUCUCGGAGGUUCUACCAUGGCCGGCGCCGCUGAUGGAGCGCAUAAUGGAUCGCGUGCGGAUGCAGAUUGAAACGAUUGAAGAUUUAGCCGCGUCGUCCGACACAGUCCCAACAACACCGCACACCCACAACCCAAACCUCAAUCUCCGCCUUUCAAUCCUCCAAACCGACCUCGCCCGCACACAGUACAUCGUCCGCAGUCUGCUGCGGGUUCGUCUAGCCAAAAUAACAAAAUAUAGUAUGCACUACCUGGUCCUGCUCGCCUCGCGCAACAAAGACCCUUUCGCCUCACAAACACAAUCUACCCCCUCAUCCCAAACCCCAAAUCAGCAGCCCGAGGACUCAGUCCCAGACAUUUCAACCUUGGCGGAUCUGACGCCGCUCUCUGAGCCGGAAUCGUCCUUCCUGCAUGCCCACCAAACGCUUCUAGCGGGGCAUUACGCGGGCUCAUUCAUGGGAGCGUUCCCGCGGCAGCUGAGGCGGUUGGACGACAAUGCCGGCGGCACGAGUAUGAUUCAAGGACCAGAGUUGAAGGAGGUUGUUUUUGUUCGAUGUCUUGGGGCAGAGGUUCCCGUGGUUGUUGGGGAGGAGGAUGGAGAUGAGACCGGGGUUACGAUGCGGAUGGGAGAUGUUUGGGUUGUCCGGUGGGAAGGGGUGAAGGGAGCUUGGGGACGAGGAGAGGUGGAGUUGCUGUGA